CGCCCUCACGUCGACCAACACCCUCGGCCAUCCGAACACUGGGGUCCUCGCAACGAUCACGCGCUCCGAGCAUCUCUAUUGGUAAGUCCUCCCCCAGCUGGCGGACAACACGUGGGGGGCGGCAGCAGCAGCAGGUGGACUUGAGGGGCACGACAACGGGUCGCGAACUUGACAACUAUCCCUUAUUUGGCCAUCAUCUCAUUGCGAAGACGCGACGGACGGAGGAGCGCGCAUAAGCGCAUUGACUUCCGAGAGGCUGCCCAGCAUGGCCACGGCUUCCAACACGAUCAAGGUGGUCGCUCGCUUCAGACCCGCCAACAAAGUCGAGCAGAGCAACCAAGCCGUCUCGAUCGUCGAAUUCCCCAGUGAAGACUCGGUGACCAUCGAUUCUCAGGAGGCCAGCAAGCCCACCUAUACCUUCGAUCGUGUAUUCCCCGUCGGCACAGCUCAGCAUGAGAUUUUCGACUACUCCAUCAAGAGUACCGUGGACGAUGUGCUCGCAGGCUAUAACGGCACUGUCUUCGCAUACGGCCAGACUGGUUCUGGAAAGACCUACACCAUGAUGGGAGCAGGAAACUUGCACGAUCCUGACUCGAAGGGUAUUAUACCACGUAUCGUGGAGCAGAUCUUCACCAAGAUCAUGCAGAGUGACAGCACCAUUGAGUUCACUGUCAAGACCAGUUACAUGGAAAUCUACAUGGAGAAGAUUCGAGAUCUUCUGGUGCCGCAUAAUGACAACUUGCCGGUACACGAGGAUAAGCAAAAAGGUAUAUACGUCAAGGGACUGCAUGAGUUCUACGUGGGGUCAGUGGACGAGGUAUACGAGGUCUUGGAGAGAGGUGGCCAGGCUCGCGCGGUGGCAUCCACCAACAUGAAUCAGGAGUCCUCGCGAUCGCACUCCAUCUUCGUGAUUGAGGUGACACAAAAGAAUGUCGAGACUGGAUCUGCACGCUCUGGACGCCUGUAUCUGGUAGAUUUGGCGGGUUCAGAAAAGGUGGGCAAGACAGGCGCAAGCGGUCAGACCUUGGAGGAGGCCAAGAAAAUCAAUAAGUCGCUCUCUGCACUGGGUAUGGUCAUUAAUGCCCUGGCGGAAGGCAAGAGUCAGCACAUUCCUUAUCGAGACAGUAAGCUCACGAGAAUUCUUCAAGAGUCUCUGGGUGGCAAUUCGCGGACAACGCUCAUUAUUAACGCCUCGCCAAUGUCAUACAACGACGCAGAGACAAUUGGUACAAUGCGCUUUGGUGAGCGCGCAAAGACUAUCAAGCAAAAGGCCAAGAUCAACGAGGAGCUCUCACCUGCUCAGCUCAAAGCAAUGCUCAAGAAGACACAGACACAAGUUUCAACAUUCACUGCAUAUAUCCAAUCGUUGGAGAGUGAAGUUGGACAAUGGCGCAAAGGCGAAGCUGUACCAAAAGAGCGCUGGAUACCCGCGCUGAGCGCUGGCUUCCAAAUUGCAGCAGACGUUCCUCCUCGCUCGCAGACUCCUACUAGCAGACUGAAAAGUCAGGAUGGCGUUGGCACACCCAGAUCGGAAAGCCGACUUGAUAUUGAGCGGGUCGGAACGCCAAGCCUGGUGCUUGAUAAAGAUGAGCGGGAGGAGUUCUUGAAACGCGAGAACGACCUCCAAGACCAGCUUGCAGAGAAAGAGCGGGAGCUUGAGGCUGCUCAACAGGCCGCACGCGCAGCGCAGGAGCAGCUUAAAGAGAGCCGGUCCACUCAACUAGACCUUCAGCGUAAUAACGAGAAGCUCUCGGGCGAGACCGAGUCUUUGAAGAGAGAAAUUGAAAGAAUUGAUUUCGAGACGAAGGAGGCUAGUAUUACAAUGGAUUCGCUGCGAGACGCCAACUCGGAGCUCACCGCAGAACUGGACGGACUCAAGUCUGAGCUAUUGGAUGCACGAAUGUCGGCAAAAGAAUCAUCGGCAUUACUGGACGAGAAGGAAAGGCUCAAGAAGGAACGCAUGGCUCAGAUGAUGGCUACAUUCGAUCUUGGAGAGGGACUGAUGUCGCACAACGAGAUGCAAAUCGGAGAGAUGGUACAGCAGGUACAAAGUCUGCUGGAGAUUGCCGACAAUGGCGAAGCUGUGGCUCCAGAUGAGCUCUCUAACCUCAAGGACCGAUUACUUGAGGUUCAAGGACAAGUGCGACAAGCAGACAUCAGCGCCAGCAGUCAUUCGGACAACUCGCAGGUCGCUCUUCUAGAGCAGAAGCUAUCUCAAUUGCGCCAGGAGCAGCAAGAAUUGCUUGAGCGCCACUUAUCGGCAGCGGAUGUCGAAGAGCUCAAGCAGAAGUUCUCCGAGUCAUUGUCCGAGCAACAGAAUGGGGGCACUCAGUCUGCUGAGACACACGAGAUGCUCUCCCGUCAGAAAGAGGAGAACGCGCGUCUGCGCAACGAAGUGGAAGCGCUGAGGAAGCAAGCUGUGAAUGGUGCUAACGGAGGCACUCUGGGCAAGCAACUCGCGGACUUUGAUGCCAUCAAAAAGUCACUCAUGCGCGACUUGCAGAAUCGAUGUGAACGUGUUGUGGAGCUGGAGAUCAGCUUGGAUAGUACUCGUGAGCAGUACAACUCGAUCCUACGAAGCAGUAAUUCCAAGGCGCAACAGAAGAAGCUCGCGUUCCUUGAGCGAAACUUGGAGCAACUCACAAUCGUGCAGAGACAGCUGGUCGAGCAGAACACGCAGCUCAAGAAGGAAGUUGCCAUUGCCGAGCGCAAGCUGGUGGCUCGUGGCGAGCGCAUAAGAGGUCUCGAGGGCCUUGUUCAGGAGAGCCAGGAGAAGCUCAUGCUCGCUAACCACAAGUUUGAAUCGCAACUCAUGGCUGUCAAGGAACGCCUCGAAGCUGCGAAGUCUGGCUCCACUCGAGGUCUCCCCAACUCGCCCGCACCCUCCCAAUUUAGUAACACUCCUUUUGGCCGAAUAGCCAAGCCUCUUCGCGGAGGCGGUGGCGGAGGCGACGGACCCAGUCUUGCACCCACGUACGCUGGUCUGCAGCAGGCAGCUUCCGACAAUGGCGGCAACAAGCGCAGCAGCUGGUUCUUUAGUCAGCGAUCAUCCUAAGCAGAAUUUCAAGCGAAGAUAGUGAUACCGUGCCUGCGCAGAAGGAUAGGAAAAUGAAUGUCAAUAUGUAUAACACGGCUGCAGACGGUGAGAGAGAGGAAUGGCGACGACUGACACGAGAUUGAGGGACCGAGAGAACUGCAUAGGAUAGGGGUUAUGUUUGGUCGCUCGCCGCUGUUCAUCGCAUGCGGCACACGAUACCCAGGAUGAUUUUCG